UGUACCUCCGUCCAUACAACAGAUAAAGGAAGAGUUAAUUGCCACCUCGCAUGAGGGAAUGAGGGGAUUUUCUCCUACAGCCCGGCCAAUGGCACCGCCGACCCAUCCCUCCUCCUCCCCUCUCCCGGCAGCAGCGUAUGAUGAUGAUCUCACUACGGAUUGGGAUUUGGGAAGGGGACGGGAAGCGGAGUUGCCGCCAUGGCGUGCCCGCUGAGUGGGAGAGAGUGAGCGGCCGCUUCCUGUGGGCAAGUGGUGGCUGAGAGGAGUCAGAGGCGCGCCGCCACUCCCCGUUACCGUGUGCGUGCUGCGAGCUGCCAGCUCCUAGUGACACUUGGACAUGGACGGCCUUUGCUUGCUCCUCCUCCUCCUUCCGUCUAUUUGCACAGCCAUUGAAGUCCGAGUACCCGAUGGUCCUGUCACUGGCAUCGUGGAUGAAGAUGUCAUCCUUCCCUGCUGGUUUUCUCCUCCAGUUGGAUUUUCACUGAAGGACCUCAGUGUGUUUUGGACAUUGGCAAACAUGCAGCAGGUUCAUGCCUUCACACUAGGUCAAGAGCAACUGGAGAAUCAAGACCCAGAGUUCAUUAACCGUACGCAGCUUUUUCUUGACCAGCUACCACAUGGCAAUAUGUCCCUUUUACUUCGUAGAGUUCGUUUGGCUGAUGAAGGAACUUAUACUUGCUUUGUUAAUGCUGAGAACUCCAGCUCGGCAGCUGUGAGUCUGCAAGUGACAGCCUCCUUUCCCAAGCCUACUUUGCACCUGGAACCUAGCGAAGGCCUUAAACCUGGUGAUCAUGUAACUGUGACAUGUCAUAUUUAUUGUCGAUACCCUGAAGUUGAAAUACUAUGGCAGAAUGGAAAGGGACGGAACCUGACAGAAAAUAUCACAACAUCACAAGAGGCCACUGAAGAUGGCUUAUUCCAUGUGCAGAGUUCCGUUCGUGUAGUCUUGGAGACCAGUGACUCGUACACUUGUGUGGUGUAUAACCCCAUCCUGCAGGUGGUGACUCAUGCAUCUCUGACAAUCACAGGUCAGCACCUCUCAUUUCCUCCCGUGGCUGUAUGGGUGACAGUGGGUUUGUGUGCUUGUCUCCUUGGUCUUCUUGUGGCUCUUGGAUUUGUGUGCAGAAAACAUCUCAAACAAUCCUGUGAGGAAGAGCAGGAGGAAGCAGGCAAUGGUGAACAUGAGGAAAAUGGUGAAUUAAAGACAGCCAUGCAGCCUCUACAAGCCAGCUCAGCAGAAGGUGAUGAAACUGCAUCUUUAGAAUGAGCUUAUUCAUCUAAUUUAAACUCUUCGAACUUCAGCAAACACACACUGGAUUCCAUGCUGGGAAGCCAUAAGGUCCUUUCAUGGACUUUCAUGAUAGGCAGGACCUGCCAGCCUCUGCAGAACUUUAUUUGGUCCGUUGUCUACAGGCAUUUCAUUUCAGUGGUAUUGCUGGAAAGAAGCAGGAGAUGGACAGACAAAGUAACCUAUUCUAUUGCUAUACUUGCUUGCACUGACGGGACGUUAUGAUGAGCCUCCAGGCUGUAGAAGUAUUUGUACAUUUUCAGCUCUGUCAUAAAGAAGAUGCGAGAGCACUUUUUUUUUUCCUUCUAAUUUCCUCCUUUCCAUUAUUAGUACAAAAGAAGUUCCACAAUACUCAUUGCCCCAAAGUGCUGACAUUCUGUGUCUGAUGUGUUCUAUGAAAUGUGACAUACUGCUCCUUAAUUCUGCUGGUCCAGAAAUCUGGGAGAGUAUUUAAGGACAUUACAUUGCAGGACAAUUGUUCAAUCUAUGAUCCUUAAGAAGCCUUUGAAAAAUAACACUGUGCCUUUUAAUAUAUUGCACAUUCCUAUGAAAGUGAAGUUUGAUGUAUUAAUCUGCCAGGGAACUAUAUCUAUCAGGGGGUUCAGUGAUAUUUUAUUUUGUAGGAUUUUUUUAAUUGUUUUUUAAUGUAUAUAAAUAAACCUCUUUACUAUCCUGUU